CAACUCCGGACCGCGAGCAACGGCUCGGUUCGCGCCGUCAUUCGUGUCGCGACGCACCCUCCUGACGCGCGGAACCACCCCUACGGUUAUAUAUCGGUCGUGAUUGCGCCGACCUAUCCCACGGCACGCCGAAGAAGAGAGCGAAGUAGGGUCACGUACGAGAUUUUGAAGGCACCGUCGGACCCCGUGUUCCAGAUCCUUUCUCCGUCCGCUCUGUUUCAUCUGUCAGCGGAAGUUAGAAAAUAUCCGGGCCGACUGGCGCGGCGAUCCAUUACCGAGUGACGUCGAAGCGUCGGCCGGGCCGCCGCCACGAGAUUCCGUCCGUCGUUUUCGAGUGCGUAAUUAAUCGUGGAACUCAAUCGAGUGCCGAAUUAAUCGCGGCGAAAUUCACGAACCGCGCGUUGUGCCGCAGUACCACUCGCGCGCGCGACUAUGAAACGCCGUCGCCGGUGCAAGUGACUCGGCAAUAAGCGAGACGGCAGAAAGACCGUGCGGCGACAACCGGAAGGGAGAAAACCGUGUGCCGCGAGGACACCGGAAGAUGGAUCGCGUAUCAAAAAACAUGCCGGAACACUGAACAACCCGGACCGCAGAAAUAAAGAAAGAAAAGGGGGGUGAGACGUUUUCGCGCUCGGGUAGCAGGACGUCUUCUCGGCGCUCUAAUUAAUCUUCGUAACGAGCGGACCGCCCGUGGGAUCCUCCUCGUAGCACGACACCCCCGAGCCGAAGAUACCUCUUCCUUGUGAAACUCUCAGCUGCAGGUGGCACGUAGAGCUGUAAGUAGCGCGAGCAAACGAGCUAGCCGUCAGAUGAGACGGUGAAAGGCGCGAGAAGAGAUUCGACGUUCGAGAUGCUGCCUUAACCCUUUGGCCUACAACCACGAGUAAGACUCGUGGUAAGGAAUUUGGUCCCUAAGCAAUAAGCACGAGUCUGACUCGUGGUACUUCAACGCGCGACCGACCUUCCUGUUUACUAUGGCCCGAGCAAUCGGGAGAAAGCGUGUAGGUCAAGUGGUUAAUUAACAGAGCGCUUUAGCUAACUGGGGUUCAAUUUCCUUAAAUACACCCGUUACGCGGAUAGCGCGAUCAAAGCGCGUCGAGUGCGAACUCAAGGUCGGGCGCCGACGUAAAUUAAAGACCAUCGACAUCGAUAACCUCGCUUAAGUGGUUUCAACCAGGCGGCACUUUGCACCGGUGAGGAUCGCGAAAGGUGGGCGACGUGUCUUCGAUUAUCGACCGACUCUAGAUCUCUCGAACGUUCACGAAGAAGUCGAUAAGGGCGCUACUCCGAUAGAGAAGGGCCUCCAAUCCUUGAAGGGCGGAUAGAAAGACGGGAGUUGGGGAAAAUCUUUGAAAAACCCUGUCCCUGAUCAAACUAUCGAGGCAAAUCCCCGAGGCAACUCGGCGCUUCAAAAAGUCAUCCUCAUCUUCGAAGAAUCUACGAGCGAAUGAGGUCGGGGCGAAAGAAGACGUACACCUCGCAAGUGAUUAAGAAUAGUGCGAUCAAGAAGAAACUCGACGAAUAAAGCCCGCUACUUCGAUUCGUUGCGCGAUUCCGCAAAGUGAAUGUAGAAGAAUCAAUCUGCAAUCAUUCAGGGCGGAAACGACGGUGACAAACGGUGCGGUACAUUUCGGAAGAUUAAUUCCGAAAGUGGUCGAAAGAAUUUCACGAACGCGAUAGAAAUUCACGAACCGUUCAAAGGGUCAUUGUGAUCUUUGCCGCGACGGCGGAGCAUUAAACACGGACGGUUGGCUUUACGCGAGGACAUUAAGUGGCGGAACGAGUGGCAGACGAGCACAAACGUAUUCCGGCCGGCGAGACGAGAGACCGGAAGAGGCGCAACGAAAGGAAUAAGAAGCGCGGAGAUAGCAGCUGCGUUGGACGGAGUCUAUGGCGAUGAGACCGGAAGGUUAAUCUGGAAGGUUGGAUAGAGCGAAGGCAAGGAGAGCCUGAAGUAGCUAUCGCGACGGCGGAAAAAGUGGACCUUCGGACCGGCUGGAUGUGAGAAAUUGGGGGUGGCUCGAGGAUGUGUGAAGACGAAUGCGCCGAAGAUAAGAGCCGGCUGAAGAGGGAAGCGAGCAUUGAUCCUUGAACUCUGUUAUCCUGGCGAGAAAGGAAAACGAGUGCCUCCACACGUGCGCGGUAAUAAAAUCGAGUGCGUAGUAUUUCGUGCGACUUUAUCACCGAAUAACAUUGCCGAUCGCCCUCCCCCUUUCGUUAAUUCCAAAAAAAAAACUCGCCAUUAAAGUCCUCACGAAAAUUCGAGGAGACUUUUAGAAAAGCUUCGCGCGAUCGCGAUAAAUCCUGAUUAUUGCUGCACCGUGAAAUUUACUUGAGGAUUAUCGCCGAUGAAGAAUGGUUACGCUAAGUAAUCCUUUCGAAGAGGUUAAUUAAACAUCUUAUCAAGACAAAGGAUCCACGAUCCUAUUACAUUCGGCCAUCCUGCAACGCGGUUGUGAAGGAAGUGCUGCGGGUGAGCCGGUGGGUUAAUGAUGAUGGCAUGAGGACAUUAGUAAGGACGCGCUGCGGGCCCAGCGAGGAGGAGGAUGAGGAUGGUGGUGGGCGUGAUGGUCCUUGGUCAGCUACUGACGAGGAUCCUACUCGCAGCCCACGCAGGAGAUCGCCUCGCGGCAGCUCGCAGGAUUCUCAGAGACGUGCCGCUGAUAGAUGGGCACAACGACCUACCCUGGAACAUACGGAAGUUUCUGAAGAACCAGCUGAGGGAGUUCAGCUUUGAUGACCUAAGGGACACUCAUCCUUGGUCACGAAGCGCCUGGAGCCACACAGAUCUCAGGAGAUUGAAGGAGGGCAUGGUUGCAGCGCAGUUCUGGUCCGCGUAUGUGCCCUGCUCGUCGCAGCAUCUCGACUCGGUGCAACUGGCCCUGGAACAAAUCGAUCUUAUUCGCCGACUGGUCAACAAGCAUCCGGAAAAUAUGGUCCUCGUUACCACAGCGGAAGGUAUCGAGAGGGCGCACAAGGAGGGUAGAUUAGCGAGCCUGAUAGGGGUCGAGGGGGGCCACGCCGUCGGGGCGAGCCUGGCGGUCUUGAGGAUGCUGUACGAGCUGGGCGCCAGGUACCUCACCCUCACGCACACCUGCAACACGCCUUGGGCAGACUGCAGCACGGCGGAUGAACCCGGUCAAGUGCCUCAAAUCGGUGGUCUCUCGAAUUUCGGUAAGAGUGUCGUGCUGGAGAUGAAUCGACUUGGGAUGAUGGUGGACCUCUCUCAUGUCUCGGUACCCACUAUGCUGGCUGCCAUGACGACGUCGAGGGCGCCGGUGAUUUUCAGUCACAGCAGCGCUCAUGCCCUUUGCAAUUCCUCGCGAAAUGUGCCUGACCACGCGCUGCGACUUUUGGCGCAGACCGGUGGUAUUGUUAUGGUAUCUUUCUAUCCCCAUUUUAUCAGCUGUGGCGAAAAAUCUACACUCGAGGAUGUAGCAGCGCACAUCAAUCACGUGCGGAAGAUCGCCGGGGUGGACCACGUCGGCAUCGGAGCUGGAUACGACGGGAUCAAUUUGACACCAACGGGCCUGGAGGACGUCAGCAAGUAUCCAGAGCUCUUCGCAGAAUUGCUAGCGCGUGGCUGGUCGGAGAGAGACAUCCAGAAGCUGGCUGGCUUGAAUCUUAUACGGGUGUUCAAGGCGGUAGAACAGAUUCGUGACAGUCUGGCCGCAGAGGAGCCGCUGGAGGAGGAGAUCCCGCAUGAGGACAUAAUUGGUCGCGAUUAUUGCCGUUACAACAUAAAGCGUCUGAUGGCGCCUUAAGCUGUCGGAAUCCUCAUGGCGAACGUAAACGAUCGAGUGAUCGAAGCGGAAACAGGGAAAGAGAAAGAUAAAGAGAGAGAGAG